AUGCCCCAAGCGUCCAAGAAGCAGCUCCAUCUGCUCACGCUGCCCCCGGAACUCCAGCUCAUGAUUUUGAGGCGGCUCAACUUUGCCGACAUCGAGCGGCUUCGGCGCACGUGCAAGCAGCUCCGGGCGCUGGCCAGCCCGAGCCAGAUCCGCACGCUGAUGGGCCCCAUGCAACUGCAGAUGCAGCUGCUAGGCCAUUGCAAGACGUGUCUGCUACAUGACCCGUUCCGCUCGCGCCUGCUCCUAUCCAGCUCGUCAGACCCCGGCUACCCGCUGGCUAGCCGCUGCAUCGACUGCGCCCUGCAGCUCGGUGACCCCCCGAUUCGCGUCGGGAGGAAGAUCGACCUCGCCAACUACGACAAUGUCUGGGUCUGCCGUUGGUGUGGUACUCCCAUCACCGAAUGCGCUGCCUACGGCAACGAGCAGUUCCACCGCACGUGCUACAAGUCGUACAACGAUGCCUUGUUCUUCUUCUUUGUCCUCGGCUGGCUCCAGCUCAGCCUGGGCAUUGUCGGUGCCGCUCUGGCGUUUAGGUACUUCAGGGACGCCGUCUUGGUGUUUGCCCCGACUCUGACGUCCUUCCUGUUACUCUGGGUCUGCCUCGGGUUUCUGGUGUUCAGGGGCAACAGGCGGAAAACGUACCACUGGACGCUCUUCUUGGAGCUGACAAUUCUCGCAUUAUGGAUCCCUCCGGUCUACUACAUUUCCACCGACAUCAUCAACUUUCCUGAAAAUCCCGUCCCCAGGAGCACUAUCGCAGCCCUGGUCAUGUUCGGGCUUAACAUGUUCUUCCGCCUUUUGAACAUCCUUGGCAAUGUCGUUCUCUUUUGCGAGUACGACAUGACAAGAAUUCACCGGCCAAAUGUGCCGCGGUGGCGGAAAGCGAGCUACCCAGUUUUUGCCCUGCUUGUCUUUUGGACGUAUCCUCAGGCACUCGAGCGGAAGUACCCUCCUGACUACAAUUAA